UCUCUUUCUCACUCUCUCUAUCUGUCCUCCUCCUCCUCCUUCGUCUCAUUUCUGUCCGUCACUUUCUGUUUUUGUCUGUGCUUCAGCUUUCUUGUUUCCCGUGUUUGAUUUCUACUUUUUCUUUAUUCCUGUUACGGUGUUUCUUCAUCUGUCGUUUUUUUUGUGGCUAGACUGUGUCGUGUCUCUCCUUCACUUCUGGUUUCCGCUGACAACACUGCAGGCUAUUUUUUACUUUGUUACAACUCCAUGCCCUCUAUUUUUUCUGUGCCAUUGCUUUGAUAUUGUAUUGUCCCGUCCUCUGUGCUUUUUCUCUCCUCAACUCCUCGUGGUCUAGUUUUUCUUCUGCUGCUUCACCUGCCUUCAUUUUACCACAACCUCCCUCCAUCCUUCAUUCUCUUCCACUCACGCUCUUCUCGUCUCCUGAGUAGCUUUGCACUCCUGCGUAAUGGGAAAGACAGAGCUGUGCUCUCUAUAUAAGGGUUUUCUGGACUGUAUUUGCCUCUGCCUCUCUCGGAGCAGCGAUGAGGCUGCCGACGACAAUGAAAGGGACACUGAGAAUGGCCACCUGAUCUACAAAAGUGGGGACCUCCUUGAAGACAGAUAUGAGAUAGUCGACACUUUAGGUGAGGGAACUUUUGGGAAGGUGGUACAAUGUUUGGACCACAGCAGAGGAGGAAAUCAAAUUGCUCUGAAGAUCAUUAAGAACUUGGAUAAAUACAGAGAAGCAGCCAAACUGGAAAUCAAUGUGCUGGAGAAGAUCAGCGAGAGAGACCCUGACAACAAACAUCACUGUGUGCAGAUGCUGGACUGGUUUAACUACUAUGGCCACGUGUGCAUCUCUUUUGAGCUGCUGUCUCUCAGCACCUUUGACUUCUUGAAAGCAAACAACUUCCUGCCUUAUCCCAUUAACCAGAUCCGACACAUGGCCCACCAGAUCUGCCACGCUGUCAGCUUUCUCCAUGACAACAAGCUGACUCACACCGACCUGAAGCCUGAGAACAUCCUCUUUGUCAACUCAGACUACUCCCUCAUAUACAACUCUGAGAAGAAGUGCAACGAGAGGAGAGUAAAUGACACCACAGUGCGACUUGUUGACUUUGGCAGUGCCACCUUUGACCACGAACACCACUCUGCCGUCAUUUCUACACGUCACUACCGAGCUCCAGAGGUCAUACUGGAGUUGGGUUGGAGUCACCCUUGUGAUGUGUGGAGUAUUGGCUGCAUCCUGUUUGAAUACUACGAAGGCUUUACAUUGUACCAGACUCAUGACAACAAGGAGCAUCUUGCUAUGAUGGAGAGAGUUCAGGGACCAAUUCCUCAGAGAAUGAUCCAAAGGAGCAGAAAGCAGAAGUAUUUCCACCGUGGGCGUCUCGACUGGAGCGAGUGCUCUAAGGCCGGACGCUACGUGAAAGCCAAAUGCAAACCAUUAAGGAAGUACUUGUUAUCACAUGGAACAGAGCACCACCAGUUUUUUGGUCUCUUGGAAAGGAUGCUGGAGUAUGAGCCCUCAAUACGCAUCUCUCUUUCCUCUGCUCUGUGUCAUCCCUUCUUCCUGCCCCUCCAUCAUCCAGGAAGGAGUCACAUCUGGAGGAACAGCUGUGAUAUGAGCAGAUGACCCUGAAUAGCCACAUAAAGUGGGGACCAUACCAGUGUUUUUGUUUCUCAGCUUCAUAUCCUGUACUUCUAAUUUCAAUCAGGAGAGACUAAUUGAAAGAUGGCCUUAAAGGUGCUCCUAAAUGUUACACAGGGGACCUUUAAAGAGUAAAAAUACAUAUAUUUGAUAUAGUAAGCACAGUAGGAAAAGUGGAAGAUAUACUGUAUGUGAGGAGUCUUUGGCAAUUAGACCCCACUGUGGUGUCAUAAAUUUAUGGGGGUAAUCAUACUAUGAGCCACACAGGAAUAUUCCCCCAAUGGAGUUCAGACCCUUGUGGUGGUGAAAGAGUGAAGAAUAAUAGCUGGAGAUGUGAGUGCAGGUGAUCUGGAGCAGGAUUCUUAAUGAGCUCAGAGGAAGGACCCACUGGACAGGUGGCUGUGAAGACACAGGAGGUGACUGUCGGGUUGAGGUGUGUCAUGUCAGUCAGACACUGACAGCUGACAGCAGCAGAGAAAGGAGGAUUUGUUUGACACCAACAAGAUGAUUGGGUUACAGAGGUAACUGAGGUCAGCUGAUUGAGUUGUAAGUGGGAAAGAAAAAACUCAAAAUUAUAAGAGUAAGGCAGGUCAAGGCAAUUAUUUUCACAGGAUGUAAUUUCAUAAGCAGUUAUGUGAUUACCGUAAAAUUUCUAAUAAUAGCCCGGGUGUUUAUUUGCUUAAAUCACUGAACUCCCCCUGCCUUUAUUGGGGACAGGCCUCUAUUUGGGACAGGCCUUUAAUUCCUUUAGCACAAAACUAAACUAAACUGUAACUGCUGCUUCUCAUGAGUUUUGUUCAGCAAAUUUGACAACUAACAUGAUUAUUAUGAUCACUUCAGAGGUUUUUUCCGUUUCUCUUGUUUACCAUGUUACCGGUAAGUCAGAAUGAAUUAACAUUUUACUUUGGUGUUGACAGUUUUCGUAAAAUAUAGUGAACGAUUGAAUGUGUGGAGAAUCUAUAACUGAUCUAAUGAUGUGCAGCAUGUACAUAUUGACAGAAGUUUAAAGUUUUAAGUUUUCUGUAGGAGAUUGAAACGACUUAAAACUCACUCAAGCAGGCGACCCGGUGGGUUUUAAGAGCAAGUUUUAUACAUCAAGAUAAUUUCUAUAAAAUCCAGACCAGGCCUCUAUUGGAGACCUGCGUUUAUUUGUCAAAACGUGUAGCCACACCAGGCUUUUAAAAGAGACCUGCGUCUAUUAGGGACCCUGCUCUUAUUGGAAGUUUUACGGUAUUUGGCCAUUUUGGAAACAACCUGUGAACACAAUUCUGAUAUUCAAUUCAAUUCAGUUUUAUUUGUAUAGCGCCAAAUCAUAACAGACUCUCAGGACACAUUAUGUCUUGAAUUUAAAUUGAAAAUUUACACACUCAGUUGAUACAGAGCAUUAUUAGCAUUCAUUUGGCCACCUGGUGAAUUUAAGUUCAACAUUCACUGUCUUUUAGCGCUGGUUUUGUCUCCACCAAGGGAAAUAUUUGGCUCUUUAGAUGCUAAAUUCUUCGUUAUUGUCACCGUCUGUCGUUUGUUGCACACAGUAGGUUUGUAGAGAUUAUUUGUUCUAAAAGCAACUGCCCGGCCUGGUUGAAAACAAUGCUGAUAACAGUGAUGAGACUUAACCACAACCAAGCCCCCACAAGGAAUUUUGUGUUGAUUCUGGCGACCCCUGUGGACAAACGUGGUAGUGUUUCUACUGCCUCCUUUCAUUGAUUUUAAGGGGAAUCAGACCAAAUUUGAGCCGGUGGCAGGCAUUAAGAGUAACCAUAUAGAAAUAGCCAAUCCUCUUGCUGAUGGUCCUGUUUGUUUAUGUAGGUCAUAUAGAGGCAUCAGUAUUAAAUGGACACAAACAUGCCAAACCCCUGAGCAUAUUCAUUUAAACAUUGAUUCUUACAUGCAAGAUCAACUUCAAAAAGCUGUAAAAAAAACCCAACUGUAUCUCUAAAAUUUAGAGGAUAGAUACAAAAGCUUAAGUUAUAUGAUCAUUUAAAAAAUAUAUUUUUAGUUUUAUUCUCUCAGUCACUUUUGUAAUAAUUUUUGUAUGGAAAGACUUCUUUAGUUGUUGAAUAAAUUCAGUUGUUCUUU